CUUCUCCUGCUCCUGCUGUCCCUUUUAUCCUACUCCUGUCUAUGGAUCAGGAGCUGUUUGAAUCCCCGCCUGAUCUUCUAGCGCAUCGUGCCUUUCUGUUGCUCCCAUCCACGAAUUCCCCUCUCCGCCCCUCCCCCUUUCCGACCAGGUGUUUACCGCCCGAUUCAAGCCACUGAGUCCGACACUCCCCUCAGAUCAUCACCUCAUAUCCGCCAUGGCCACCCCGGUAGCGGCCCCCGAAGACCAGAGCCGUCUCCUCGAGGAGGCAUUGGGAGUCGUGCGGCAACAGUCGCAGAUGAUGCGAAAAUGCUUGGAAACUCCGGGGAAAUUGAUGGAUGCGUUGAAAUGCGGGUCCACCUUGGUAUCCGAGCUACGAACCCCUAGCCUUGGUCCGAAACAAUACUACGAACUUUACAUGGCCGUCUUCGAUGCCCUGCGACACCUCUCCGUCUACCUGAAAGAGAACCACCCGGUUAACCAUCUAGCGGAUUUGUACGAACUCGUUCAAUAUGCCGGAAAUAUCAUCCCGCGACUCUAUCUUAUGAUUACCGUAGGUACGGUAUACAUGUCUGUGGAGGAUGCGCCGGUCAAAGAGAUUAUGAAGGACAUGAUGGAGAUGAGUCGAGGCGUGCAGCAUCCCAUCCGCGGGCUGUUCCUGCGGUACUAUCUGUCCGGACAGGCUAGAGACCACUUGCCCACAGGCUCUGGAGACGGUCCGGAGGGCAACUUGCAGGACUCGAUCAGCUUCGUUUUGACAAACUUCGUCGAGAUGAACAAGCUGUGGGUGCGACUCCAGCACCAGGGCCCUUCGCGCGAGCGCGAGAAGCGGAUGCAGGAGCGCCGGGAACUGGAGCUGCUUGUUGGUAGCAACGUUGUGCGACUCAGCCAGUUGGUGGAUCUGGAAGGAUACAAAUCCGGUAUAUUACAGGCACUGCUGGAGCAAGUCGUUCAGUGUCGUGAUGUUUUGGCGCAGGAGUAUCUCCUCGAAGUAAUCACCAAGGUGUUCCCUGACGAGUUUCACUUGCACACCCUUGAUCUCCUGCUAUCCGCAAUCAGUCGACUCAACCCCCACGUGGACCUGAAGAAGAUUGUCAUUGGAUUGAUGGACCGCUUGUCAGCUUAUGCAGCUCGUGAGACCGAGUCGUCCGCCGAGCCCGAUGCAAGAAUCAAGAAGGAAGAGGAGGCUGUCACCAAGCUCCUUGGGAACCUCAAGGUAUCUGAGGAGACCAAGAAGGAGGCGCCGGAAGAAGCAAACCAGGAGAACGGCGUGGAGCAAGCCGCAACGGAUAACGCUGAACAGGCUGAAGCUACGACAGAAGGCGAGCCCACGGCCAAUGGCGACGACAAGGCUGGAAUUCCAGCCGAUGUCAAGCUGUAUGACAUCUUCUAUGAACAAGUGGUUAACCUGAUCAAGAGCCGCGGUCUCCCUAUUCAAGACACAAUGGCGCUUCUGGUUUCGCUUGUCAACCUGGCUCUUAACACCUACCCGGAUCGCCUAGAAUUUGUGGACCAAAUGCUCGACUUUGCGACUAAAGAGACUGCGACGUAUGCCGACCACGCCGACCUGCACUCUGCCCCGACACAGCAGAAUCUUUUGCACCUCCUUACCGCACCUCUCCGUUCCUACGCCUCCAUAUUCACGGCUCUUGCCUUGCCCCACUACAUCCCACUUCUGACUUCGCAAUCCUACACGACCCGGCGAGCUGUCGCAGGCGAAAUCGCUCGCAGUCUUCUCAAGAACCGAACUUUCAUCACGACUACGGAAAACCUCGACCGCGUGCUGCAAGCCCUAAGGGUUUUGAUCAAGGAAGGCACUCAGCAGUCUAUGGGCUAUCCUGGCAUUCAGUCUCAGCGGCGAGGUGAGACUGAUGAGACCAUCGAGGAACAAGGGUGGCUUGCACGUCUGGUUCAUCUGAUCCAGGCCAAAGACAAUGAUACCCAGUUGAAGUUACUCCAAGCAACCCGCAAGGCCUACCUCGACGGUAACGAGCGUAUCCGAUACACAACACCGGCCCUGGUCACGAGUUCGAUCCGUCUGGCACGCAAACUCAAGGCCCGCGAGCACUACGACGACAACUGGCAGUCGCAGUCUUCAGCCCUUUAUCGGUUCAUGCACCAGUGUGUCAACAAUCUCUACCAGCGUGUGAACCCUGGUUGUGCUGAUCUGUCCCUGCGUCUGUUUGUGAUGUGCGGAGAAGUGGCGGACCAGACGGGCUUCGAAGAGUUCAGUUACGAAUUCUUUGCACAAGCCUUCACCAUCUACGAGGACUCCAUCAGUGACUCACGUGCUCAGUUCCAAGCCGUCUGCGUCAUUGCGGGAGCUCUCCACGGCACCCGCGGGUUCUCCAAGGAGAACUAUGAUACCCUCAUUACCAAGGCCGCUCUGCAUGGAAGCAAGCUGCUGAAGAAGCCCGACCAAUGUCGCGCUGUAUACCUAGCCAGUCACCUGUGGUGGGUUGUCGAGAACCCCCAACGAGGCGAAGAAGACCCCAAGAACCUCUACCGCGACGGCAAGCGCGUCCUCGAGUGCCUCCAACGGGCCCUCCGCGUCGCAGACGCCUGCAUGGACACCGCCGUGUCCGUGGAACUCUUCGUCGAGAUCCUCAACCGCUACGUCUACUACUUCGACCAACAGAACGAAACCGUCACGAUCAAAUACCUCAACGGCCUUAUCGAACUCAUCCACUCCAACCUGCAGACGGACGAAAACGAGCCCAACCCCAGCCUGGAGGGCCCGAAGCGACACUUCCAACGUACACUGGAUUACAUCCGAUCCCGAGAUUUCGAAGGCGUAGUCACCGAUCCCAGACAGUGAAAUUGCAUGACCCUCCUCCCGUAUGAAUGAGCGAUGUUACCUACCACUACCACUACAGCCCAUGUGUCCCCAGACAUCCGUUUGCCCUGUUUUUUUUUUUUUUUUUU